AAACUCUCCACUGAACACACUCUCACCGGAUCAAACUGAAAGACCGCUGCUUGAUUAAUGGCACUGUCUUCCUCUUCAUCUUCUCAGAAGACAUGGAUUGUUCACGGUAUCUUAGCCGGAACAGCGAUCGCAGCGGCGAUUGGCGCACGUGCGUAUCUGGGUCGAUCCAGGAAAUUCCGGAGCCGGGUCGUGGGAAUCAUCCCCGCCCGUUACGCUUCCUCUCGAUUCGAGGGCAAGCCUCUCGUGCAAAUCCUCGGCAAACCCAUGAUCCAGAGAACUUGGGAGAGGUCGAAGUUAGCUUCUACGCUUGAUCACGUUGUUGUAGCAACGGAUGAUGAAAGGAUUGCGGAUUGCUGUCGUGGGUUUGGUGCAGAUGUCAUCAUGACUUCAGAGUCUUGCAGAAAUGGUACUGAGCGGUGCAAUGAAGCACUAGAAAAGCUGGAGAAGAAGUAUGAUGUGGUUGUUAACAUUCAAGGAGAUGAACCACUCAUUGAGCCUGAGAUUAUAGACGGUGUUGUCAAAGCACUUCAGGUAGCACCUGAUGCGGUGUUCAGCACAGCGGUGACGUCAUUGAAACCAGAAGAUGGACUUGACCCUAACCGAGUCAAAUGUGUAGUGGAUAACCGUGGCUACGCUAUCUAUUUCUCCAGGGGUUUGAUUCCUUAUAACAAGAGUGGUAAAGUCAAUCCAGAUUUUCCUUACAUGCUUCAUCUUGGAAUACAGAGCUUUGAUUCAAAGUUUCUCAAAGUAUAUUCGGAGCUUCAGCCAACACCAUUGCAGCUAGAAGAGGAUCUAGAGCAGCUCAAAGUCCUUGAAAAUGGCUACAAAAUGAAGGUUAUAAAGGUGGAUCAUGAAGCUCAUGGAGUUGAUACACCUGAUGAUGUCGAAAAAAUCGAAUCUUUAAUGCGCGAAAGAAACCUCCUCUAGUCCACAUAAUACAGAGAUCUUAUGCAUAAUGUCUCCACUGUUACUUGUUUGUAAACAUUAUGCAAGUAUGGCGACUAAGUUUAAAAGCGCAAUCAGAAACGAACAAUACAAAGAUUGAGUUUCAAAAUUAUAUGUAACUAGAAAAACUGUAGAAUCACAACCAUACAAUAUUAAUUAAUGAAAUUUCAAAAAGGAUGUAUGUUAUUGGUUUGUAUAAUUUAGUGGAUUUGAAAAUUCAUGUUAAAUUUAGUGUUAUUGGUUCUAUAAUUUUAAAAUCUAUAUUCAAAUCUAGUGUUAUUGGUUUUGUAAUUCUAAAAUAGAUUUUGAAAUCAAGUGUUAUUCAAUAACAAAAAUUUGUAUAAGUAUUUGAUUUGGAAUAAGAUUUCCGUGGAUUUGUAAGUGCUUAUAAGAUCAAAAUACAAAAGAACAAAUACCAGUUAUUUCGUUAGAUUUGUAAUAUUGUUUUUGUUUUAAUUCUAUAUAUAAUCCACACAUUUCGUUCAUGAGAACAGACAUGAACCAUACCAUCAAAAACUACAACCUCAUCAUGAUAUACCGUGAACGUUUUUUUCCAGUUAACUUCGAUCAGAACUUCCACCAACAAGGAUCACUAGUCAGUAUCAAUGAAGCUGAACUUUGCAUCUUUCAAGGAAUUAUCAACGAUAAUCUUACACAUAUGAUGGGCACAUGCUACAUGUUUUCAUCUUAGAAGAUGCAAGUAAAAUUACAUGUCAAGUUACACCAAAAAAAUUACAUGUCAAGUAAAUCUGAACACAGUUUUUUUUUUUUUUGGGUCAAAAAACACAGUUUUUCAAGUGUAGAUUUUUCCAAUGCCUUUGUCAACUUUUGAAGUGAGCUAAUCAACAACUAGCCUUGUCAAAGUCAUCUAUUUGAAGUGGAAAACACUUCAAGCACACAAUUGCCAACCUCAAACCAUUGCAUUAUUAUAUAAGAGAACACAAGAGAAUUUAGCUAACAAAUGAUUAGCUACACUAACACAACCACAAAUACAAUUAACUCUCAAUCAGAUAUUCGAGAAUGGCAAGGGACAAAGGAUAAAAUACAAGACAGAGUGCAAUUAUGGCGUGUGAAACUGAAAAAUUAAUUUAACCGUAUCACCCUGAUAAAUCCUCUAAUUCAGAGAAUCAGAGUACCAUCCAAAGUAUUGCAGAUGAUACAUGUAGUACGAACUUGAAUAUCUAAGCUGUCUCAGCGGUAAAUUGUUUUGCGUAUAGUAGAACACUCAAGCUGUUCCCGUUCACAUUUUUGACAACUCUAAAUGAAACAUGCUUAUACUUCUACCAAUAAAUUUCUUCACUAAAAGCCCUUUUUUCAAAAAAAAUAAAAUAAAUUUCUUCACAUAGGAGAAAGUGUUCUCCCACUUGCAUCUUCAAAAGUCGGUCCCAGUUCUUGUUAAUUGACUUGGUUGAUUAAUAUAAAUCUACUAAUUUGAUUCUAAAUUCCAUAUGAAUGCUUCUGAAAUCUACUUAUUCUGUUUUAAAAUCAAUAGAUUUAUCAAAGGUUUUCAAAUCCAAGAAAGAUUUAUAAAUAUACUAAAAUAUCAGAACCAAUAACCCUCACUUAGUAUUUCUGGUGCAAGCGUUUCUCUAACUCACCUUUAUAUAUUUUUCUCAAAUAUAAUAACUUUAAAACAUAGGUAAGUUUUACUUGACUAUAUUUUUCUAAAGUAAAGUAAAACUAUAUUUUCUCAAAAAUAUAUGAAAACAAUAUAGCAUUUUCUAUAUUUAGAUAUCUAAAUACUAGUAUUUCACUAAUAUAGAUAAAUACAUUAGAGUACAAUUCAACUCUAUAUUUGUAGAAAUAUAUAAAAGCGUCUUAGAAAUGAUCUAACAAUCUUGAUAUUAAACAAAGAAAUUAAGAAUUUAAUAUUAUAAUAUUCCACAACUUUUAUUGCAUAAAUUCUAAAAUCAGAUGGUUUCAGUAUUUGAGGCUUUUCUUAUCUUUUUUUUUUAUCUAUCUAAUGUUAUUUCACAAUAGUGAUAAAAUGGAUAGAUUGUAUUAUCUGUGAUAGUAUCCUAUUUUUAAUAUGCCACAAAUUUCUUUGAAGUAUGCAAAUUAUAUAUAUAUAUAUAUAUAACUUUCAUUGGAGGCAUAACUAAUUAGUUUAUACUGAGAUUAUUAAUUAAUUUUUAAUUACUUAAAAUAUUUGAAAACUAUACAUAAUUCAUAACUCAUUCUAAGAAGUAUUAACUCAAUAGAAAAUCGAGGAAAAUCAUAGUAAGAAAAAAGUAAAACAUAGUAGUGCUAUUACUCCCACUCUAUAAUACUAACCCAACAUAAUUUUUUUAACUCAAUAGAAAAACUAUUAACUCACUUUUGACAAAAAAAAAAAAAAACUAACUCAACAAAAAUUUGAGGAAAAAAUUAGUUAAAACCAGGAAAAAAACAGACAAAAUAUAGUAAAGAAAAUAAUAUAAAUUAAUGCAUAUAUGCACUUAUAUCAUGCAUCCAUCAGAAAGAAGAAAAUGGGACAACAACCACUUAACCCUAAUUUUAUAUAUAUAUAUAUAUAUAUAUAUAACAUUUUUUGUAACUGUAUAUAUAUAACAUUUUCUAUAACUCAGUAUAUAAGAAAACAAUAUAUAAUUCACUGUAUAAAACAUACAAUGCUAAAUAUGUCGAGUCUCCAAAAAGCGUAUGUAAACCAACUUGCGCCAUUAAGGAAUGUCGCCAUGCAUCUGCGCUGUUAAGAAAUAUAUCCAAUGAAAUCAGAAGGGCAUGUUUUCACGCUUUUGAUCUUAAUAACUUAAAUCUGUUUUAAUCAUAACAAAAUUAAAAGUUCGUCAAAAAUAAAAAUAAAUUGCUGAAAUAGUUAAUGAACAGUCAUUAAGCACUUCACACUUCAUACUUUUAUAGAUCACAUAUUCAAGGAAAUCAAAGAAAUAGUGAGAUAAAAAAAUUCACUUAUAUCAAGUUUUUUUUCAGCUAAUCUUGAUUUUAUUAAUCAUUGUCAACAAUUACAGAGUUUAGUAAGAAGGAUGGACAUAUAUGACACACCCCCAUAGAUUAUUACAAAUAAGGGAAAACUUAGCUAAUAUGUCAGCUUAUAUUAAGUUGCUGCUCUAAAUUUAGUAGAAUAUUAUUACAAGAAUAUUAAAUUAAACAGCUUUUUGUUGACACAUAUAUAUUAUGCUCACCGGACUAUGAGUACUGUCAAAAGAUUCAGCUUGCACUGGAUUCAAUUCAAAUUCAUCACGAUAGAUCGAUCUUCGAUUAUAUUGUGGAUUUGCAAUCGAAAUUUCGCGUAGACUAGUUUAAUCCGGUCUUACACUCUGAUUUUAUAUUAAUUUUUUUUUAUUUGGUUAGAAUGUGUAAAUACAAUGUACCUAUACUUCAAUAAAAUGAGAAACCAGAAACAGCUUGACAAAAUAUCUUGAUUCUGUUUUACUAGUUACAUAUAUAAAACUAGUUAUUUUUCUGCACCAUGUGUAGUAAUAAAGUUUUUAAAUUUAAAUAUAUUUAAAAAUAAAAUUUUAUUAAUAUUGUAGAUUUUAUUAUUUUCUUACCAAUAUUUAAAUAUAAAUCUGAUUUUAGUAAAAUGAAAUUAAGAUAAAUAAUAAUUUUACCUCAAUUAAAUUAUGUUUAAGAAUUUAUAUAUAAAAUUAUAAUCUUCGAUAGAUUUUUUUCAUCUAUUCCUUUUGGUUAAAUUUAUUAAUUCAACUUGUAUAAAACUUGAUACAUAAUUGUAUAAUUAUAAAAAAAUUAAAACUAAACAGUAUUUAUAAAAUUGUAGAUAUAUAAAAGAAACUAAUGAUAUUUACGAUAAAACUUUAUAAUUUUUUUACUUAAAUUAAGAAUUUUUUUUUUAAAUGUAAUAUAAAAGUAUAAUUAAAUAAUAUUUCAAAAUUUGUUAUGUCAUAUUUGAUUAUAUUUAUUUUAAUGAUGAUGCAUGAGUUAUUACCAUAUUUUAAUAGUUUACUAAAAAUAUAAUUCAACAUUGAAUGUAAUGUAUGAGUUAUUAUCAUAUUUUGAAAAGUUUACCAAAAAUAUAAAUCAACAUUAAAUAUAAUUAUUCAUGUCAUAUUUAGCGAUGAGUCAUAUCAUCAAUUUAGUAGUUAUGUCACAUUUUUGUGAAAAUGAUUAUAUAGAAAACAUGUGGUAAAUAAUAUCUAGAGGAUGAUAAAUGUAAAUUAAAAAAACACUUAAACUAAAAGAAAGGAGAUGGCUUUGUCACCUAAAAAAACAAAAUUAUAGGAAAAUAUGAAGUAUUAUAAUGAAUCAGACAGGGCUUCGAACCAUUUGGUAGUUUCGUAACAAAGUUAAGGUGCUUUUUAUUUAUUUUAUAUCUAUAAAUCUUUUAUAUUUUUGGAAUCUUUUUUAAUAUGUAUAUCUAUAAAUUUACUUAAUCAAAAAUACAUUUAUUCAGUAUAAAAUAUCUGAUCUGUUUAAACCCUUACAAUAACAAAUUUAUAUUUGUUUGAAAUAAAAUUUAAUGUUUGAAAUUUUAAAUAUAUUUUAAUAAUAACUAAAAUUUUAUUUUAAUUUUAAGAAGAUUUAAACUAUUAUAUGAUUUCAUUAUAAUAAAAUAAUAGCAACUGUUAGUUUCAUAAAUUGUUUCUGUUUAAAAAAAAAAUAUAUAUACAUAUAUAAAUUUUGAUAGUUUAAAGGAAUUAAUAAAUAAAGUAAUCACCAAUUUAAAAAUUAGUAUUUUGAAAUCUGUCUUAGAUUUUAAUAUACAAAUAAAAAUAUUCUUAUAACAUUUAUAAAAUACAUCUCGUUUGUUAACAUCCCUUGACUUUAAAGUAUACAAAUAAUAUUAUUCUUAUAACAUUCGCCCCAGCCCCUCCGACGCCGACUUGCCACUGCCUCCUCAAUCUGCCUAGUAAAUUAUAGUCCUGUCUUGAUUUAAUAACGUCACUUUAUAUGUAUUAUUAUAGUUUACUGCUUCCACUUUAAUUUAUUAGGUUAAUACAAUUGGCGAAAUAUGUAUUUAUAUAUACAGUAUGUGUGUGUGUUCAUAAUUAUAUUUGGUGUGUUAAAAUCAUGCAUUAAUAUGUUAGUCAUUAAAAAGUAUACCACUCGUAAAAAUACGCUUAUAGCCACGAUUGGUUUUCGUUGGUAUAACUCUUUUUCGUGGCUAUACAAUUGUAGCCUAUUUUUGGUUCGUAGCAAACCAUAUCAACUUGCUACGAUUUUUGCAACGAAAUUAAACAAUAAAUGUUGUAUCAAAUUUGCUACGAAAUGUCCGAUUACUUUCAUGCCAGUUUACCACAGAAUCUAAUACGACAAUUUUUGUGGAAAAGUUGGCAACUUGCCAUGAAUUUGCUACGAAAUGUUUCGGCGCAAAAUGCUACAAAAACAGUCACAAAUUGUUUCUUUUGUUUCUUUUUUUUUCUACGAUUCAAACGUUGCAGCUAUGUAUUUUAACUAUUUAAAAAAAAUGUUAAUUAGGUUUUUGUCAACCAGAACCAAAUUUUAAUUAGUUUUUUUUUUUUGCAAACAGAAACCAAAUAAAUAUUACAUUCAACAUUCAAACAUAGUUUCAAAAGGUUCAAAACACAUAUUACAUAAACUUGUUUUU